GGAAUGCUUUGUAUGUCAAGUGACCAGCUGCCGAAUGCGCCUACAGCGAUGUCAAUGACAAACACGAUGAUAAGUUGGCCGCUGCGCCGGCAAAAUGCACUCGGGCCGGUUGGACGAGGUGUAUACUGUAGGUUUCAAUGUGCCCGUGUCAUAAAACUAGAGACAUCGCGUAGCUAAGCUGAAACACUGCUAGGUUGAGUAGACUGACACCUGUUUUGCGCCUGCCCUGAGCAUGCAUUUAAUACGCUAGAUUGAUUUAAGCAUUUUAGGCCUCCAGGAGGCUGAUGAGCAGGCAGCCAGCAGGCGCAGCGCCCCUCGGACCCCCUCCUCCGCAGUCAGCAUCGGAGCUCAGGGAGCGCUGGAUGGCUGACGAGAGGUCCUAUUAUCAGGCUACCUACCAGGGGCACCAACAGCAGUACUCUGGGCAGCAACACCACGGUGGUCGCGGUGGUGGACCAGGCCCUGGGGCAACCGGUCCUCCGGGCGCGCCUGGACCGCAGCCGCCAGCUGUGGGCUGGGGUGGCCAACAAAUUCAAGAGCCAUCUGGAUAUCGAGUGCCUUGGUUCGGCAGAAGUCGGUCCAAAUAUGGCGGUCGGUUCGGCGGCAAGAAAGGGGAUCCAGGUCCACCCGGCGCACCACCUAGAUACGGUGGCCCAGGCGGCGCUGGACCUUCAAACAGGGGUGCGGAAGAUGCCCUUUCCGUCGAGGAGAUGGCAGUUAUUAUUCAGAAGCUCGGACAAAAUGAGGAGCUGCCGGAGGUCAUUUUCCGCGCCCUGCACCACGUCGACAGCCGUGCAGUUGCGCUGCUGCUAAAGGACCUCAGUCGACUCGGCAAGGACCGGCGCGCGAUGGAGCUGUUUGACUGGCUGCGGUCUGCGAAUGAGCGAUCCCCGCUCCGCCAGCUCUGCGACGUCUACAGCUACACGGCGACGAUCAGCCUGUGCAUUUACAGCCAGGACGUGGACCGUGCCAUGGAGCUGAUGAAUGAGAUGCGGCAGCGGAACAUCGAGCGGAACGUGCACACCUUCACGGCGCUUAUGAACGUGUGCAUCAAGUGCGGAAAGCUGCCGCUGGCGCUGGAAAUUUACAACAACAUGCGGGCGGCGAACUGCAUGCCAAACGUGGUCACAUACAACACCCUAGUGGACGUGUAUGGGAAGCUUGGGCGCUGGGAGCGCGCCAUCCACGUGCUGGACCUCAUGAAGCAGGAGGGCGUGGAGCCGGUGCUGCGCACCUACAACACCCUGAUUAUUGCCUGCAACAUGUGCAACCAGCCGCGGGAGGCGCUGGCCGUGUACCAGCGAUUGCUGUCAGACGGGUACACUCCCAAUUCCACCACCUACAAUGCCCUGAUAUCCGCAUACGGCAAGACGAUGCAGCUGGGCAAGGCGCUGGAGGUGUACCAGGAAAUGCUGCGCCAGAACAUGGAGCGCAGCGUGAUCACGUACAGCUCGCUCAUCAGCGCCUGCGAGAAGGCGGGGCAGUGGGAGACCGCGCUGCGCAUUUUCAACGAGAUGCAGCAGGACAACUGCGUGCCCAACACGGUCACAUAUAACUCACUGGUGACGGCAUGCGCGCAAGGCGGCCAAUGGGAGAAGGCGACGGAAGUGUUUGAGCAGAUGACAGCGCACGGCUGCACGCCCGACGUCGUGACGUACACGGCGCUCAUCAGCGCCUACGAGCGUGGCGGGCAGUGGCAGAAGGCGCUGCAGGCAUUUGGCAAGAUGUGCAUGCAGGGCUGCAAGCCCGACGCCAUCGUGUACAACGCCAUCAUCGACACGCUGUGGGAGACGGGCAUCAUCUGGGCACAGGGCCGGGCGCUGCAACUGUUCCUGACCGCGGUGCAGCAGGGCCACUUUCGCCAGGAGCCGGUGGUGCGGCGGGCGGGACGCGUGGAGGUGAACCUGCACGCCAUGACCGCGGGCGUGGCCAUGGUGUGCCUGUACUGCUGGCUGCUGGAGAUCAAGCGUAUUGCCGCAGAGAAGGGCCUGGCGGGGCUCCCCCAGACGCUGGCGAUCGUGACGGACAUGGGCAAGGCCAGCCGAGAGCAGGGGAACUGCAUCGUGAAGGAGGCCGUGGCUGCCAUGAUGAGCUUCUGGGACGCGCCCUUCAGGCUCGUGCAGGACGGCGCGUACGCGUCGGUGCUGGAGGCGACUUCGGCGCAGGUUGUGGAAUGGGUGACCAGCAUGCCCUUCAGCGCGCAGCUGGCCAGCCUGUUCCCCAUCACGGACAGCAGCAAGAUGACGGAGGACAUGUACGCGGUGCGCGAGCAGCAGGUGCUGCAGGAGUGCCAGGAGGCGUUCGCGGCGGUGCAGCACUUUGAGAACACGCACGGGCUGGUGCUGUCCAACAUGAGCACGGGCUACGUGCAGCAGCGGCCGGUUCUCAUCUCGCGGCUGCUGGACCUCAGCUCCAAGUUGGGCCUACGGGAUGAGGUGGUGCACGAUGCGGUGCUGCUCAUGGACCGCACCGCGUCGCAGGCCAAGCAGGUGGCGGAGGAUGUGCUGCCGCUGGUAGGUGUCGCGGCUCUGGUCAUUGCCGCCAAGCAGGGCGACAGCAGCGACCGCGUGCCCACCAACGCUGAGAUUGAGCAGAUCACCGAGCUGCCGCCCACGUCGGUGGCCAAGAUGGAGUGGAACAUCCGUGGGCUGCUCGCGGACGACAUAAGCGCCAUCUCCACCAUGCGCUGCCUGAAGGUCUACCUGGAGCGCCUGGGGUACCGCUACCUGGACAAGCAAGACGUGUACGGCAUGGCGGGCUUCGCCAUCAUGCUGGCCGUUGAGUCGCUGUACGACCUGUCGCUCCUCAACUGCCGGCCGUCGGUGGUGGCAGCCGCCAUCCUGUACGCGGAGCGCCGCCUGCGCGGCGCGGUGCCGUUCUGGCCGUCCAUGCUGUCCAAGAUGACGGGCUAUCACGACAUGUCGACGCCCGAGCUGACCGUGGCGGUGCGCGUGGCCCAGAAGCUGUCGCGCAAGCUGGUGUACGCGCAGAUGUACAAGGCGCAGCUCAUCCAGCUGGCAGGGCAGGCGGGGCCAAUCGCCGGCCCAGUGUCGGUCGCGCCGGAGCUCAUCACCGGCCCGCCCUCCGCGUCUGCGGCUGCCGCGGCGGCAGGCGGCUCCAUGGUGGCGCCGGGCAUGCGCGGGCCGCCGCCGCCGCCACCCAUGGGGGGCGCGCUGGGCGCUGCGGGCGUUAUGAUGCCGCCGCCGCCGCCAGUUAUGAUGCAGACGGCGAUGCAGGGCGGGCUGGUGCAGCCGACCGGCUGGCCGCCGCAGGCGCGCUUCGACCCACUGGCUGCGCAGCAUGCUGCGCAGGCUGGUGGGCAGGCAGGAGGCGUGGGGCCCAGCGGCGUCGGGCAGCAGGCCGACGACGGUGCAACAAUUACGGCUCUGACGCAAGCGAUGCAGGGCCUGACAACUGGUGGACGCGUCAUGCAGCCGGAUUGGCAGCGGCUGGGUGGGCCUGUCGACGACGGCAGUGAGGGGCCCGGCCGCUGAGCUUGGGCAUGCGUGCAGCAUUUACGGAUCCGGUUGCCCGGAAGCAUUUUGAGCACUUCGUGCGUGGGUACGCGAUGUGUGUUUGUACGCUUGACAUAAAUUGCAGAAAGCGUUUUUCGUCGUUGUUGUGGUUGAAUGUUUCCCCAAGCCCAAAGGCUCCUGGUUGCAUGCUCGCUUGUGCGCUUAUAACGGGACGGGCAAUACGGCCGGACCAGUAGCCCGGCUGUACUGCAGAAACACUGUCUCCGCAAGCUGUUCUACGUGGGCUUCAUCCUGUAGGGUCCGGCUGCUUAUCGGGCGGGAUGGGGAAUGCUGCUCAAGGAUCAGUUGUAGCAUGACCGGAACGCCUGGUGCGCGAAUUAUGGUGCGCAUUCGAGGACACACCUUAUAUGGGACGAUGCGAACUAUGAGUGAUAAAGUUGGAGUGAGGUUUCUGACUGACCUGCGGCCGCGCAGGACGCCACGGCUGUGUGUGGGUUGUGCCGUUGCCUGAGGAGGUCGGUCCGCGAGCGCUUGUGUGCUGAGGGCCGUUGCUGCUGCUGUCUGCUAUGUUGGUGGACAUGCAGCGCGACGUUGCUUGUGUUCACGGAGGGGCGGUGUACCGAUAUCCCAUGAAAAGCAUGUGCGCGGGGCGGCACGGUUUGUGGGCGUGUAUGUAGGCACGGGAACUCUGCAGGGCUAUACGCACAAGUACUUCUUGCUACGGUACUCACGCAUGGUGAUGCAGCAAUCGGGUGGGAUGCGAGCAACACAAAAUGAAGUAAGAAUGAGACCCCCAUUAAUGAAUGAAUGUUUGGACUGGCGCCAUCCGUCGGCAUCGACGGGCUUGCAUCCAGAACUGGCUUUUUGAGUACUCGUGUGGGGAAGGACUUGGAUAGAGGGGCCAGUCGCAUGAUGUAUGUUGCUCUCCUUGAGGCCACGAUGGUCGAUAAUACGUAGGGGCACUGUAGGAGUUGCUGCUCACAUGGGAGGACUGCGUGUAUGUGGCUUCGGGUUCCGCGGUGAUUCGUUUACAGCUGGGCUGUUACGUGGAAUUGGCGCACGGGCAUAUCGCAAAUUAUGUGUGUGGUGAUGCGCACGGCUGCAGCACAGCAUGAUAGAGAACUGGGCGUCGAUUGACCAAGGCCGCCAGGCAGGGGCCGAGGUGGAUGUGGUGGACAACGAGAGUGAAUAAAGGCCACAUGAAGCCCCACAACGAUGGGCUGGGGCCGGCUCAGUGCAGUUGGUGCUGAGUGGUGACGCGGGCACACCGAUGCGCAGCGGAGUUGGCCAUGCGGGGAUGACAUGCCGCUGGGCAACUUGGCGCUAUGGCAUGCAUUGACCUGAGAAAUACGGGACCGGCAUGUCCGGUGCGUUUAGGUGAACUUUAGACUUAGACAUGAGAUGGUACUUCGGUACUUUAAUAGCAGGAACGCGAAUGAGGAAAGUGAGGUGGAUGGAGCGGGCACCCAUGAGAAGGUCGGGCGUAGUGGAAGAGCCUGGUGCCACAGGUGCGCUCAGCGGUUUUGUGGAUGGCCACUUUUAAGGCCAAUAGCUGAAACGGACAUGAGGAAGGGGUAUACACCAUAUGGAAUGAGGCAUUUGUAGAUUGUAAGGAACAACUGAGUCAGUUCCUCCCCAGCCGUCCGGCAUAGGUCCGUGAUGUGAGGCGCUAGAUAGGUUGAUCCUGUCAUAGCGCUAGCCCGCUUACACCGUCCUAAGUGGUCGUCUGUCCUGGGCGCGAACUCAACACAUGGCUUCUGCGUGUGGGGACGCCUCGUUGGCGAGAGCCAUGGAUGGCCCUAAAUUAAAGCAUGUGGGCAUGUCGCAACCGUGGCGGGCACUGUAAGACGUGCCGCGGGCCCGCGGCUAAGUGCCGAGGCCUAGCCUCGAAGCGAGGGCGGCAGUCAUUCGGCCCCCACCUAGCCGCACCAGUUGAGACCAACGUGAGACCAUGUACGGACAGUACGGUAUCAUUUAUACUC